GGACUCCAUCACAUCGGCUCUCCGCGGCACGACUUCACCUUUGCCGAGGAGUGCGGCGUACAGGCGGCUGGGUUACUUGGCCACUCAUGUCAGGAGAAAACCGGCAUUCCUGUACUGUUUCCGAGGUGUGUACGCCAUCUACCUCAGUCACAUGUGGUCAGCCAUGUCGAUGGCCACAUUCAGAGGAAUGCAGGCGUCUAGAAACUUCUCUGCAUGCUGGGCUUGCCUCAUGUCCAGUAACACUACCUUUAUGGCGAUUGCCAAGUUGCCCUAGCCGAACUGAGGCGUCAUGUUAUGAUGUGAAAGGAGAAGUGCUGAAGAAACCAGGAUUCGAUACCAGGCGCAUCGACACGCGUUUGAGGUCUGAGAAUUUCCUGAUCAAACCUUCUCGGCGAUACCCGACUGAAGGCGCUACUGUGGCAACCAGUCGAAGGGGAGGAUCAGUAGACGGUAUAUCAGAAACAAGAUGGGAGCGCCGCGCCAGCUCGGCCAGCCCGAUGAGGCUCCGUGAUCUUGGAUCGCUGAUUCUUGCCUAUUACAAUCUCUCCUUUGCCCGUCCACUGCUUCAGGAAGCGACGGACACAACCUGGUUUUUGCGCCAGAACUAAACAAUAUCACAUCUCACAUUUUCCUUUCCCUCUAUCCCCCCCUCUUUGACGAGGAUGAUGAAGACGAUGACGAAGCCGGGU